GCCCUUGACAACCCGGGCGCUUGAGGAGCUUGACAACCACCUGGGAGCUAGACUGGGCACUGCUGCCUCUGAUAGCUAUGCAGCCAGGUCUAGCGCUGAGAGCACCAUCCACCGUGAUCCUUCUCUUCAGCCUGUGCCUGGGCCUGAUAGGGUGAAACUGGAUCCUUGGGACUUGGGACAAGUGAAAUGUGAGAAGUUUGAUAAUAAAGAUAUCACCGAAGACUAGAAACAAAAUCAACCAGAGGAAAUUCUGAAAGUAUGGGAUGUAGAAAUUCAAAAAUAUCUUCAGCAAAUACUGUUGUUUUAGGGGUUGUCCAGAUUAUGAUUGGUAUCUAUCAUGUAUUCAUGUGGUAUUUCCUAUUGCUGUUGUAUAUGGGACAAAUUAAAGGAGUAUUUGGAACUUAUGAACCUUUAACUUACAAAAUGGGAACUUCCUUAUGGGGACUUGCUUUUGUCGUUUCAGGAGCCUUCACAAUAAAAGCAGCAAAAUAUCGAACUAAAUAUAUGCUUCUCUGUACUAUGUCCCUGAACAUACUCUGCAUAAUUAUCACUAUCAUUGCAGCCAGCCUAACAAUAGUGGAAUUGGCUCAUUUCCGUUCUGUAUCAUACAGGAAUUAUGGACAAGCAGGUCCUUUUGGGCAGGUACACUCUAAACAUAAUGAUCCAUCAUCUCUCCCUGCUUGCUGGUUUCAGAAGCUGGGAAGGGAAGUGUCCCGUGUUCUGUUGUGCUCCUACCCCCUGGAAUUCGGGAUUGCCCUCACAUACUCCAUCUCUGGUUGUUCAGAUCUGGAAGAAGCACCAGAGGAAAGUUUAGAAAGUGUUACUGAAAUAGUGGAAGGCAACAACUGAAAGCUGAAGACAUGAGCAACUUUCGUGGCUGCUAACACCUGAUAUAGGUGUCCAUGACAGUCCCAUAUAACAAGGCUACCACACACCCCAUACAUUUUGUGCAAAAGAAAAUUCACAAGAAGGUGAAAGUUACCCUUUGGUAUUUAAGGAGUGUCUACGCACGUAUAUUCUAGGUUCCAGAGGAGAAAGCUUUUCCUGUGUAAGUAUGAGUCCAUCUCAAGAAAGCACUUGCUAGCUAACCACUCUGAAGAGCUGUCAACUCUCCCAAGCAGGUCAUCUGCAGUUGACCAGAAAAACCACUUGUAAUUCCUAGAAUGCAAGCUAUAAGAGAUUUGGAGCACAAUGUAUAACUCAGAGAAAAAUUUUAGUUUCUUUCCCUGUGAGUGAAAAACACAUUCCACAUUCUGCAUUCUUCUGCUUGGGCUAGCUUCUACUUCUACAAAACAAGGCUCAAAAGGUCACCAAUUUAGUGCUUUUAUUGUCCCAAGGCUUUUCCUGUCCUCAUUAAAGUUCCUUUCUGCCCU